UGGGACUCGCGGUGGUUGGUGUUGUGCGUGGUUCGGCAGUUCCGUCGACUUCCGCCGCAGCGCUCCCCUCCGCCAGGUGUCUCGCCGCAGCCUCGGGAGAGGAGACGGACCCCUUCUCCCUCUGUCGAAAUGUCUGCUCCAGCUCAGCCACCCACCGAAGGGGCAGAAGAGACUGCCCCAGGUGGGGGUCCCCCUGGCUCUCCUCCUAAUGUGACCAGUAACAGACGACUACAGCAAACCCAGGCACAAGUGGAAGAGGUGGUGGACAUCAUGCGUGUGAAUGUGGACAAAGUCCUGAAGAGGGACGAGAUACUGUCAGAGCUGGAUGACCGAGCUGACGCCUUGCAGGUGGGAGCAUCAAUAUUUGAGAGCAGUGCUGCCAAGCUAAAGAGGAAAUAUUGGUGGAAAAACUGCAAGAUGAUGAUCAUGCUGGGAGCUAUCUGUGCCAUCGUCGUGGUAGUUAUUGUAAGACCUCCAUCCUCAGAGAAUUGGCUUUUUAUCUUCAUGGCUGUUUCUUCAUGAUAGCAAGAUGGCUGCCAUAGCUCAGGCCUCAUGUCUUCACAUAAACAUCCCCCCAAAAAGAAAGAAUGGACAAAGAAAAUCAAAAACUUUCUUCUAAUGGUGCUUUUUGUCCUGGGAAGGAAAACUUCCCUGUAUAUGUCGUUGGCCAGAAGUGGAUCCCACGCCCAUCCUAGACCAAUUCCUGGCAAAGAGGAAUGGGUUACUGGCCCCUGGGAUUGGGGUAGGGGCCUCCCCUCCUGAUAUCACAGAGUCUCUGUCCUAGUACAGAAAUGGGGUUCUUUUUUUUUUUUUAAAGUAUUUUAUUUAUUUAUUUAUUUAUUUUCCCCCAAAGCCCCAGUAGAUAGUUUUAUGUCAUAGCUGCACAUCCUUCUAGUUGCUGUAUGUGGGACGCGGCCUCAGCAUGGCCGGAGAAGCGGUGCGUUGGUGCGCGCCUGGGAUCCGAACCCGGGCCGCCAGCAGCGGAGCGCGUGCACUUAACCGCUAAGCCACAGGGCCGGCCCAGAAAUGGAGUUCUAUUCCCAUGAAAGGUGCAGAAGUCUGGUGGGUAGGUGGCAGAAAGUGUCCAUCACAGCUGUCAAUGUGAACUGCUUCAUCUUUUGAAAAGAGAAAUUCUUAAUUACCCCAGACUACAUACUCCUACAUCUCCCACUGCUACUCCUCUAUGCCCAUCUCUCUCAUGGACUGCUGCCUUAGCCUCCCCGCUGUCCUCCCGGCACCCAUGUGGAAAUUGGUUGGACUCAGUAUUGGCUUUCUCCUCCACGUGCUAUAGGAGUGGAGUUCUCAAAAAUAUAUGAAAGACUAGCUGGAUGUGGACUUAAUUAUCCCGUUAUUAACUACUAUUGUGUCUGGUUCCAUCUUUUGAAGACAACAGUCAAGAGGCUGUCUUCAUUGAUUUUCCAUCAACUUUCAUUCGAGACAGGAGCUCCUCUCCAUAUAAAUUGUGCUCUGUUGAUGUGUCUUGGAGCGUGUGUUAACUCAACAGUGGCAAAUAAGCCUGCGCAGAGUGCUGGGGUGAUGUGUCCUCCAAAACUCAUCUGUUGAAGUCCUGACUCCCAGAACCUCAGAACGUGACUGUAUUUGGAGACAGGGCCUUUAAAGAGAUAAUUAAAGUGAGGUCAUUAGGGUGGGCCCUAAUCCAGUAUGACUGGUGUCCUUGUAGGAAGAGAACAUAGACGCACACGGAGGGAAGGCCACGUGAAGACAGGGAGUAGACAGCCAUCUACAUGCCCAGGAGAGAGGCCUCAGAGGAAACCAACCCUGCCGACACCUUGAUCUCGGACUUCUAGCCUCCAGCACUGUGAGAAAAUAAUUUUGUGUUGUUGAAACCACCUAGCCUGCAGUACUUUGUUACGGCGACCCUAGCAAAUCAGUGCAGGCAGAUACAAUCCUAAAUUUGAAUGGUGUCACAGAGGACUAUGCCUUAGCACCAUUUCUUUAAAAAAUUUUUCUUCCUUUUAUUUUGUCAAAAAAUGUAUAAAAUUUGUUUUUUAUAUUAACACACUGGGACACAUUAAGAAUUCACGUUGUGUGGCUCUGACAUACUGCAAGAGCGGGAGGAUUUAACUCUGUCUACAGAUGCAGCUCACCGUUAUUCACUUCUCAGAAAAGAAAGCUAGAUCUAACCCCUUCACCGUCAACCUUAAAUAACCCAUUGGCUUGGCUGGAUCAGACGACUCCUGGAGUAUGUGUUUUGUCGCCACGUUCUCUGGAUGAGCCCCAGCAACAGACUCCUUAACAUGAGACCCAGAUGGUGGCCUUUUAUGGAAGGAGCAGUCUGCUGGCUGCAGCUCCCCUCACAAUCCUUCAAGCCAAGAUUGUCUCUACCGGGCAGCGUGGGGGCCCAAACGUUUACUAAUAAGAGAGCUUGAGAAGAUUUCAAGUUCUUUUUGGGAAAAAAUAAAAUAAAACAAAAAGAAAUAAAUGAAGCAAAGAUCACGAACGUUCCUUCUGAGUUGAAGGAGGCUGACCCAGAUCCCUUCAUCAACAGAAUGCGAACUCAGCCUCUCACGCUUGAUGUCUAAAGUGCGUAUUUUUCCUUUCAACCAACCUUGCAGAACACUUUUUCACUUUACAUUGUGGCUGGGGGUUUGAGGUUUGACUGAGACUUAGUGCCUGUGGGACAUCCAGGUGAUGAUGAUUUGAGAAAACCAGCCCAGGUGCUGGCCCGGUGGCGUAGUGGUUAAGUUCGUGAGUUCCGCUUUGGCGGCCUGGGGUUUGCUGGUUCGGAUCCUGGGCGCGAACCUACUCACUACUCAUCAAGCCAUGCUGUGGCGUCAUCCCACAUAGAAGAGCUACAACUCUACAACUAUGAUCUACAACUAUGUACUGGGGCUUUGGGGAGAAAAAAGAAAAAGAGGAAGAUUGGCAACAGAUGUUAGCUCAGGGCCAAUCUUCCUCAAAAAGAAAAGAAAAAGAAAACCAGCCCAUUUUACCUGUUUGAAGAAAUUCUGUAAGGGUGUGGCAUGUGAAGUUUUUACCCACGAGGCUUCUAGAGCCAGACUGACUGGGUGCAAAUCCAAACUUUGCCAUUUGCAGCUGAAUUGUGCCUCAGUUUCCUCAUUGUUAAAUGAGAAUAGUAACAGGAGCUCCCUCAUGGGGGUGUCACGAGGAUUACAUCAGUUAACGUUGUGAAGCCUUCAGAACGCCGCCUGGCACGUUGUCGCGAUGGCUGGCUAAUAUUGUUAUUGAAUACAUGAAUGAAUUACGUGUUCCAGCCCCCCAUAGAAAUACCUUCGUGGGAUUAUAUUUUCAUGUUUUGACCUUUGCCUUUGACAUUGCCUCAGUGGAAUAGGG